UUAUCCCCACAUCAGAAUGACAAUAUGUCUUCUGCUCAUCUGUAAUUUAAUUACAUUUUAAAGAACAAACAUGGAGAUUAUACAUUAUUUAAAAUUGGCUCGAAAACACCAGUAUUCAACUGAAAACAUGAGAAACACAAAGGUAAGGAGACGUGGACAAUAUUUAGACGUGAUUACAGGAGAUUAAUAAGACACAGCCCCCCCCCCCUUCCCUCCCUCCCUCUGGAAAUGUCUAUGAAUAUACAAGGCAUUUUUAUUUCUCCACAUAACACAUUGUUCAAAAUGUACCACUGGAACCCCCUUUUUACGGCUUGUCUGAAUCACAUCGUUUUGAAGGAAAAAAGGCGGUUGAAUGUCUGUGUGGUUGGAUUUUGCUCUCUUUUUUUUUGGAGUGAUGGAGCAAGAUCCCCUUGAAACGGUGCGACAGAAGUGUGCCGAGACGGAGCACUGCGUUCACACUCGGGAGCGCCUGGAGCAUUGUGAGACCAGAGUUGGCUCCCGGUCUUCAACGCUGGAGGAUUGUACCGAGGAGCUGUUUGACUUCCUGCAUGCCCGCGACCACUGCGUGUCAAGCAAACUGUUCCAUUCGGUCAAAUGAAGUCCUCCCUGAAGGUUGCACAACUGGCUGCUGACAUUCUUCAAAUGUUAUGGGGAGAACAUUGUAUUACAAACAUCCAUGUGGAUCUGUAACUUUAUAUGUACACAUUACUGUAUCUGUAUAAGUAUUUAACAAGGUAGUCAGCAUUUCAUUAAAGUGGAUGGCUUGAAAACCUAA